AAUGUGGAGGGAAAAAGAUAAACUCUGAACUAGUGCAGUCAGUUCAGCUAUAAAGAACAAACCAAAUGUGAUAUCUUUGAAUAUGUGUAGUUGAUUAUAGAAUCAUGUAAGAUAGAGUGAGAUAUACUUUUCCCUUGAAUAUUUUUGCUGUAAAUGUAUACAUUGUAUAUGAACAGAGUACGUUGCUGGUCGAAACGAUUUAAACUGAUUAUUGAUAAUUAAUAAUAAGGAAGAACGUAUUAAUAUAUAUUGAUUGUGUUAUGUUAAUUCUAUAAUUGAACGUGAAACAUGAUGCUGACAAAAUUAUUCGAUACUUUUAUUAAUACUCAAAGAACGCAAUUUCACAAACAUUGCGGAUUAGGCACACUUGUUUUUAAGAUAAAUAGCAUGUGUACUAAUGCAUUUGAUAAGAUCAAUUUGCUCUCUUCAGAAGAAAAAGAGAAAAUACUCAACAUAAUAAAUAGCAAAAAUACAGAGGAUCUAUUACAGUAUUCCAUAACUAAGAAGCGUGCACAUAAUUUAGAAUUGCAUCGAAUAGAUAAUGGACCAUAUAAAUCAGUAAAGGAUUUAUUACUAGUAAAGGGUAUAAAUACCAAAUGUUUAUUUAGGUUUUCUAAAUCAAUUAUAUCUGGCAAAAAAAUGAGCUCUAAAAAAAUGUCAUAUGGCUUGGUCUUGACACCAAAAGCUGUUGGUGAUAUUCAUAAGAAGGUUAACACAGUAUUAGGCAUACAUAUAGGGCCAAACAUGAUCAGUUGGUCAUUAUUAAAUCGUGAUUCCGAGGUAUUGCAAUGGAGUUAUAAAUCCUUUCCAGAAAAACGGGCAAAGGAAAAUCUUCAUACUUUAGUUCAAGUAAUAUUACCAAUUGUUGCAAAACUACCAAAGGCUGAGCGAUAUGUAAUGCAAGAGACUGGUGGUGACAUGUGUUAUCAGCAAAGUCGCAAAUUUUAUCUUGCUUAUGUACGACAAUCCAUAAUAGGUGCUAUCAUCAUGUCGUAUCUGACAUUGAAUUGUAAAUUAGACGAUACUGCAGAGUUUGUAGCAAAUAAUAUUUUUAUACUUCGACAGCAUACUUUACGGAAGAUCUAUGGACUUAUAAUUGAUAACGAAGUUAUAUCUACACAAUAUAUGUUGCAAAAAUUGCUACAAGAGAAUGAUAAAUUAUUAGAAACCAAGGAACGCUGGCCAAGUGUCUCCAUAAAUGCAGAAUUAAGAAAUAUGUAUCAAGCACAAAGUUCUGUUUAUCAAGAACAAAUGAAUUGGUCUUUAUUGAUAGCAUUAGCUUUCUUAGAGUUAGUUGUACAUGAAAGAACUGAUAUGAUUGUUCGUAGCGCUCAAUAGAUUGUGAUAUAUAUUCUUAUAUGUAUAUAUAUAUUUCUGUUUGCAUUAUAAUAUAUAUAUACACAUUAUAAUCCAAACAGAAAUAUGUAGCAAGUUAACAUUAUCAAUGAGUCUAGUUUGUAAAUUAUAUUUACAUGAUACAAAACAUAAACAUAUUUAAGAAAUUAAGAAUUUCUUAUAACUUAAGAAACAAAAGAAAGAAUGGGCAAAUCAUUACUUACAUUGAUAUUG